AUGGAAAAGCAAAGAGACGAGGAAAUUGACAAAGAAGUGUCAGCAAUGACGUUGAUUACAGUCUGGUUACGGUAUACUAAUGGAAAACAAAGGACAAAUUAUUCAGCGAAAUUGCCACGAGCGAGCAGUGAACGUGAGAGCGGAUGUGACAUCAAACUCUCUCCCACACUUUCACUUUCACCUCAAACACUGCUGGGUCCGCUUCACGGUUCGCCAGUUCGCAAAGUUAAUGAUGAGAGUGAACGCCCCUGGAUGUCACUGGUCGCUGAUUCGCGCAGGUUUCACCAGCCAGCUCUGAGGCCGAGAUUGAAGAUGACUCUCUCAUCGCUGAUCAGUGGGCUGCAGCGCCUCUCGGUGUGCGUGCUGGUGGGCGUGGCGCUCCGGCCUCCCGCCCACGGCCUGGUGAUCAAGCACGAGCCCCACGUGGACACGGAACUGUACGUGGCGCCGGCGACGUACACGCGCAAGGACGGCAAGGCCCUGCCCAGCACCAUCAUCAUCUCCCGUCCCAUCGGCGUCCGCGAUGAGCCCGAGCAGCCCCCCCUGAGGGACUUCCCGCAGGACGCGCUGACCUUCGUGAGCGCCGCCGACGACUCGAGGGAGGGCAGCAUCGACCUCAAGCACAACAUCAAGUUUUACAAGAUCGAGUGCACCAGCGGCCGCUCCUGCUCCUCGAUCAUCCCCGCCUACACCACGACUCCUCCUCCCCUCAAUCUCAAGCCUCUGAGUGACGAGGAGCUCAAGGAGUACCUCGAGCAGUUCAGUCUCCGAAAUGGAUUCCAGUAUUCCGACGACUUCGAGUCGAGCGGCAGCCCGUCCGUUCCCGAGGAAUCGGACUUCGACGGAGAGGCGAGUGAGGAGCGCGCGUUUGGAGGACACCAUGAUAGGGGCUACUGGCCGGGAUCGAGGUUCCGCCCGGGGGCUAAGCCUUCGAGAGGGCAAGUGUUCAAGUACCAGUCCGUGAGCGGGUCGAGGGACCACGGGACUGAGGACCCCUUUCGGCUGCCGCUAGUGACUUGGGAUCAGAUCUCAAGCGAAUUUCCCUCGAGGCCCACCAGCAGCUGGGACAGGGUGUCGAACAAGCGGCCGAGCAACGCCCAGUCCUAUGAUCAGUUCUCCACGCAGAAAACCCGUCGGCCAAGCCAGAAGAACCCACGCCCUCAGAUGCUGAAGCCCGUGGCCUCGCACGACGACGCCAUUCUCCCUCCGUACGGCCCCCCUCGGCCCCCGCCGCGACCCACCAAACGGCCCUCUGCCUAUGACGGCGUUUGGAACCGAUACGGCAUGUCCACCGUGUCCCAGCUGGACCGCGACACGGGAAAGUGGGUGAAGAUAUCCUCCAGCAACACACACUUGGAUCAGAGGCCCUAUAGCGAGCCGGCUCGUCCCUCGGAUCCUCACCGGACCCCCACCCACCACGCCUCCGCGAGCCUCACGGUCCUCGGCGUGAAUGACAGGCAGCCCCAUUCCUUCCCCACCCAUGAGCGCAACAGUUCCCACACGGUGGAGGUGCCCAGCGCUCUCCCGGGCAACCCCCCGGAGACGAUCGAAACCGGUGGAGAUUACGUGCAGAGCUUCGCGUCGGUGCCUUUGUCCGUGAUCGCCCCGGGGCUGUUUCGCCCCCUGACUCCUGCCCCGGCGUCCUCCAUCGAGACCACGGGCGUCGCCCACGUGAGUGUUCCCCUUUAUCUCAUCUCUCCCCCUCCCCUUACUGCAGCUAUUUCUGACGAACCCAAUACUACCACAACCUCUAGUACCACCUCUACCACGACUACCGCACGCCCUCCUCCCACCACCACCACCAGGCCGACCAGCACCAGCACAACUACAAAGCCACCCCAGCAGGCGCCUGCCGGGUUCUUCGACAACCCUUCUGCUGUCAUGGCUGCCGUGGGAGCCGGUCUCAUCCCCGCCACAUUCGCUGCCCUUCUGCCCGUGUUCGUUGGAGGCCGCAGGAGGCGCAGACGCAGAUCUGUUGUUCUCGACGACCUGGGCCCCAGUCGGAAAGGGUUUCCUGAGAAGCAAGUGGCUGACGUGAGCCCCAGGGUGUGGCGGGCCUUGAAAGCCCACCAAGACAACGACAGAUAGUUUGACCCGCGGCUUUAUCUGACUUCCUGACGCAGACAUUCUUCAGACGAUGAGUCAUAGGCGAAGGCAGUCGAAGAAGAAAUAGAAGAAAACUCAAACUCCACUGAGUUGCUUUACACUGGAGGUGCUGAAUCUGAAACCAAAAGUCCGAAAAUAAUCUCCUAAGAAACCAAGGAGUCUCGGACUCUCUGCAAUAAGCAUAUUUGAAGAGCAGGACACACAGUUGCAAAAUAUAUUCACAAAUUCAUUCAGCUUUAGGAUUCGUGCUGAAUAAAUGUAAAAAAAAAGACACAAUGCAAGGAAAAUAUGAAAAAAAAUGCAAAUGUUACGUUCAUAUUUUCGUUGCUUCCAUGCACACCAAACAUGUUAAGUACUGGUGAUAUUAGAUGUUUCGAUAAUUAAUUUGAUUAUUACCUGUUGUUUGUUCACAAAUCACUCCAUUACACUUAUGAACAUGCUGGACAUGUUUCUUUGCAUCUUUACAUGUUGUUGAUUUAUUAAUAGCCUGGGCAUGUGAUACUUAGAACUCUCUACUAUCAGUCAUCUGAAUAUGAGAGUAUGUUUACUUAUCUAUAUUCAUGGAUGUAGGUAUCUAUCUAUAUGUGUAUGCGUGUGUAUGUGCGUGAGAGAGAGAGAGAGAGAGAGAGAGAGAGAGAGAGAGAG